UAUUGUGCUGUUUUAUGACGCUUACGAAUUGUUGCGAGUAAUUAGAACAGCACGAUAUUUUAAUACAUGGCGACAGGUAAUAUUGAUGUGAUCCUGAGCCAGCUAGGGUGGCAGGAUGGCUUCCGAAUUCCUGUAGCUAACGAGGAAAAUAAACGUCUGGAAGAGGAGGUUGCUAGAAAGACCAAGUACAAAGUCUCUCUAAAUACAAAGUUGGAGAAUCUGGAAGAACGGCUGAAGAUGAUGAAAAAGCACGCCAGCGAUGUAACCAUGCGACAUGAUUUUAAUCAGAAGCUGCUCGCGGAGCAUUCCACCCAGAUGGAGACAGAGGAUCAUCUGUAUCAGCUCAGUGGCAACAAGGAGUCGUCACUACGUCAAGAAACGCGCGAAUUUGAAAAGGAGUGGUCGGAUGUGAAUGGCAGAGUAUCAUACAUAGAAAAAGAGUUACUAAAAAUAACAAAAAAAAUAGUUAAGGCGAAACAAACGGUUCAUUUCGACGAAGAUAAUUUACAUAAGUGUGAGGAGAUGCUUGUGCAAAAGGAAGAGGAUAAUCAGCUGAUAGAGAUUUACAUGAAGCAAGAUGCACAAAAGUACAAGGAAUUGGAGCAAAAUCGGCAGAAACUUAGUGGAGAACUUGAAACUUACCGUCAAGCUACUGUCAAGGCCUUUGACGAGAUACAUGAGAUGGAAAUUGUUUUAGACCGUACAACAAAAUUGUACAUGGAAGCGUUAAAAGAGCGCAGGCAGAUGAUAAAUCAAUGGACACAAAGCGUCAACGUUCUGCGCCAGAGGGACAAUGAUAUACAGAAUAGUCUAAAAGAAAUCGACACAUUGCGAGAGAUCGACAGAGAAAAAAAGAGCAAUCUUGAAGAAGCGGAACAAUUUUUACAAGACCAAAUUAUAAAUAAUAAGCAGUUGGAAGAGCUGAUUAAACAAUCGGAGAAAGAACUUGUCGCAAACCGAGAUAAGCAGCGUAAAAUCACAGAGGCGAUCGAUAUUUACGCCAUCGAGGUUCAUACUCAGAGAAAAUUAGUUGGGGAUCUGGGACGUCGUACACAACAAAUCCGAGCUAAUGCGAAACGCAAAAAGAUUGACAUCGAGAACAAAUGUAUAAAGGUAGACAAUUGCAAGAAACGGAUCGAUGAUCUAAUGUCGACCUUGGAGGAAAUCGAGAGCCAAAAGUUAAACGUUGAAGAGAGAACAAAACGCUUGGAGAAGAUGAUUGAACACGACGAGAAACGGAAAUCCGUGAUUGUCAAGGAAUUGAAUCGGCUGCAAGUCGCAAUUUUACGGACAACGAAGAAAAUUGGAGAGUUGGAGAAUGAAAGGAGGACGAUGCAGGUGCAAGCUCAGGGUGAACACAAGAAAAUUGAUGUGCUUGCCGGAUUGCUAGCGAAAGAGAAGAAACUGUUGAGCGAGAAAAAGGAAGACCUCUAUCGAGUGGAAUUUAAUCUGCAAAAGUGCGAGAUGAAACUCGAGCGAAUUAGAGGAUACGAGCACGACAAGAGCGAGGUCGAGAGGAAGCAAAAAAAAAUUGAGGAGUUGCAAGCUGCACUGAACGAAAGAACAGCUACUUCUAAACUGUUGCAAAAUCAGAUUACUAGUUUAGAGCAUGACAUGAGGAAAAUGUCUAACUGCUUGACAAGCGAGAACGACGAACUCGAGCGGCUACGGAGCAAGAAGCAGGACCUGCUGUUGCUGUUGGACGGAGGCGAGAAGCGAUUGAGGAUCGCACAAUCCCGAAACGAGGAGAGACAAGUGGAGGAAAGUAUAAUGCGCCUUCGAGUAUCACAGCUUGAGCGAAUGACGAUGAACGUGAGCGAUAAAGUUUACGAUUUAGAGAAGUAUCGUCUCCAUCUCGAAGCGGCGCUUAAGGAACGCUCGGUGGAAAUCGCGGCGCAGAAAGAGGCGCUUAUCGUGCAAAAAAGGGUUGCUAGCAACGAGUGUUCGGAGCUGCGGGCUGCUAUCACCGAGAGAAAGAGCAGGAUACGGCAGCUGCAAGCGCGAUAUGACAGCGGCGUCGCCGCGUUAGGCGCCAGCCCGGAAGGGUUGCCGAUGAGCACCGCAUACCUGAAGAUACAAAGCGCUCAGGAGCGAUAUUUGUUGCGGGAGCGAGGUGACAAGCUGGACGAAGCGAUCGGACGGACCGAGCAGGAGAUACGUAGUAUGGAGAACACGUUACGCGUGGUAAACGUGUGCAAUGAUAAAUACAGAGACAAUCUGACCGCGGUCGACCAGGACGCGCCGGAGUGGAUAGAGCAGAAAAGACUCGACGAGCAAAUGCGCGAUGUGCGGCAAAAGCUACACCAAAGGCAAACGCAGCUGCAACAGUUGUCCGAUAAAUUGCGGACAGUGCAAAAUGAUUAUACUCAACUACUUGAAAACAUCGAGGAGAUGAAGGAGGAGAAGGAAAAUAAGCAACGUUACUUGUCGGAUAUUCAGAAACAAAUGACGGAACAGGAAGAGAAGAUUUCCAGGGCUGAUAAGAGUCUUCGUAAAGCGCAAAAGGAUAUACAGAACUUAUACGUUCUUAAGAGAGACGACGUCAUACUUUUGCAACAGAGAGAGGUAGAAUUGCGUGAGCUCCAAGAACAGAACGCGCUAGUCCUGCAAGACAUCGCAGAGUUCACGAUUCGUCAUGUGGAAGCUGAAGCGUAUGUUAAAAAAUUAUUGAUAGCGAAAAAUAUCGAGCUGCCGAGUUUUCCUCCCUCGACCAGGUCGCCCAUCAGUCCUUACGGAAGUUCUGCAGGCUCUUUAGAUCAGCCUGCGAAGGGUACAAGCCGUACAAGCGUUCUCGCAUCGUCGAGAGAGAGUAUUGGCAGUAUAAUUAAGAUAGAGCCACAAUUCGAGAAACCAGCAAGUAACAUCUCAAGAAAGAAUAUAAAGCGCGAAUCGUGUCCUACAAAAAUUGCCUUGUCAAAGAGGUCCUCUAGUAUACAAGAUAAACAACAAUUAGGAAAAAAAUCGUGAUGAUCAUUUUGUUGAUAUAUAUUAAUUAGGACUGUGUAAUAGAAGAAUUAAUCUAUAUAACUCUUCAUAUAUUAAAAAGAAAGGCUUGUAAGAGCUUUUGUUUUGAGAUAUUUAUAUAAUAAGAG